GGGUAAAUUAAGAUUACAGUUGCCCAUCCUGGAGGCUCUAGGAUUCACCUGGAGUCUCAAGAAACUGGCACCAAUUUCCAGGGAAGAGUGAAAAACAAUCCUUCAAAUGUAAUGAUAUUGUAAAAAAAGAAAAGAAAAGAAAAAGUGGGGGCAGAACCUUCAGGAAUACCUUUAGUUGGAAUCGGCAGGUCUAGGUAAGAUGUGUCUCUGGAAGUUCAGGAAAAGAGUCUGAAGCAAGACUUGGAGGAAGAGAGUGAGCUGGGGCCCAGACUUUGCUAAAAGAAUUAAGAUGCAGUGGUUUGCUACAAUUGCAUGCCUAAUACUAGCAACUGCAAGCUUCACAGAAUUCAUCUGGAGAAAAAGUGAUGUGCAUCCUGAAAGUCAUAUGAAUGUUAGCCAGAUUGUUAGCUUUAGAAGAUAUCCCAGUGAGGAAUAUGAAGUCUUGACAGAUGAUGGUUAUUAUUUGAUACUCAACAGAAUUCCUGGUGGAGGAAAAAAGCAUGUAGUUGCAGCAGAUCCGAAGCCUGCUGUGCUUCUCUUACAUGGGCUAUUAGGAGACUCUAAACUUUGGCUUACAACUACACCCAACAACAGCUUCCCUUUCAUAUUAGCGGAUGCUGGCUAUGAUGUCUGGCUAGGAAACAACAGAGGAACAACGUGGUCCAACAAACAUCAAACUUUGUCAGCUGACCAAGAGGAAUUUUGGGAUUUCAGUUUCCAUGAAAUGGCCAUGUAUGAUCUUCCAGCAAUGAUAAAUUUUAUUCUGAAGAAAACUGGACAGAAACAGUUGUAUUAUAUUGGUCAUUCUCAAGGCACUGCUAUUGGGUUCAUUGCAUUUUCAGCCAUUCCAGAGCUGUCUCAAAAAAUCAAAAUGUUUUUUGCCUUGGCUCCUGUCAUUUCUGUUAAGCAUUCCCCAACCCCUGCAGUGAAAGUCUUAUAUGUUCUUCCUGAAAAUGCAUUAAAGAUUGUGCUUGGUAACAAGAGCUUUUUUCUGUUAUACAAACCUAUAAAAGAGUUUCUUAUCAAGUUAUGCAGCUAUUCAUUCAUGAGCAGAUUAUGUAGUUAUGCCAUUUUUUCUUUUGGUGGAUUCAAUGGAACUAAUUUAAAUGUGAGUCGAACAGAUGUGUAUAUGUCUUGUUAUCCAGACAGAUCAUCAGUUAAAAACAUUCUUCACUGGAGACAGACAGGAGAAUCAGGAUUAUGCAGACAAUUUGACUAUAGGAGUGAAAAUGAGGCCAAAUAUAACCAGACCAGUCCUCCUUCAUAUAAAAUAGAAGACAUGGUUGUGCCAACUGUAAUAUGGUCUGGUGGAAAAGACUUGAUUGCAGGCCAAGAAGAUACAAAGAUCUUACUUUCUCAUAUUACUGACCUCACUUACUAUCGCAAUUUGUCAGACUGGAACCACUGGGAUUUUAUCUUAGGUCUCAAUGCCCCCCAAACCUUGUACUACAAAAUCAUUGAGCUGAUGGAGAGGUCCCUGGAUAGCAGCAGUUUUGCAUCAUUUUUAAAAGGUCCUCAAGUGACAUCUAAACUGCAGUAAAAGUGAGGCCAGAUGGAUCUCCCGGACCAAUGAUUUCCACAAUGCAAGCUUGACAGAGAAAUCCUUCUUAUGCAUAUCCACAAACCACACCUCAGAUGAAAAUGGAACACACAAAAAGGACACACCCAAUAAUCUUACAGGCCAGACAGGCUCACGCAAGAGAAGAUAAACCUUUAUUCCUUUUAUAAGCCUAGAGAAGAAAUUUUCCAAUAAAAAUGCCUCCCAUGAUGAUAUUUAUUAAACAGCAUAGUUCUGAUGGUGCUACCUUUAUAGUAACAUUAAAACUGUUCAAACCAAGAUGGAGUUAACAUAAUG